GCUGCUUCCCUGGAAACAGGGCCGGGCUGGGAGCCCAAGCUCCCUGCUGGAGCUCAGGCGGCCUCUGCUGGGGUGGGGGCUGGGGGCCAGGCAGAUAGAAAGUGUCUGCCUGCUGGAGACCAGGGCGCCGGGGAGACUAAAUGACUGCUGUCUCCAGUGGACAUGGGGAAGAAGCUGGUGAUGGCCCAGAAGCGGGGAGAGACGCGAGCCCUUUGCCUGGGCGUGGCCAUGGUGGUGUGUGCUGCCAUCGCCUACUAUAUCCUGGGCACGACGGUGCUGCCCCUCUACCAGAAAAGUGUGUGGACCCAGGAAUCCAUGUGCCAACUGAUUGAGACCAACAUCAGGGACCAGGAGGAGUUGGAGGGCAAGAAGGUGGCUCAGUACCCGUGCCUGUGGGUCAACGUAUCUGCUGUGGGCCGCUGGGCCGUGCUGUACCACACGGAGGACACUUGGGACCAGAACCAGCAGUGCUCCUACAUCCCCGGCAGCCUGGACAACUACCAGAUGGCCCGGGCCGACGUGGAGAAAGUCAGAGACAACUUCCACGAGCACCAAGUUUUCUACUGCUUCUCGACCACGCGGGAGAAUGAGACCCGGGUCCUGUACCGGCGCCUCUACGGGCCCCAGACCCUCCUCUUCUCUCUCUUCUGGCCCACCUUCCUGCUGACCGGCGGCCUCCUCCUCAUCGCCAUGGUGAAGAUCAAUCAGUCCCUCUCCAUCCUGGCGGCUCAGAAGUAGACCCGUCUCUGCCACAACACAACUCAGGUUGCAGGGGGCUGGGGGGGCCCUGGGCUGUACCCCAUUUGUGUAUCCAUGCCUCUUCCCUCUGCCUUCCCACUCUCCCCUCCCCAAUCCACCCUGUCCCUGUCUCCCAUUGCAUGCGUGGCCUUUGUUAAGUCAUUCCCUGCUCAAGAAUGUACAAUGGCUCCCUAGUACCCCGGAGAGCACAAGGCCAGCCCGUUACAGCCUCAUUACUUGUCCCCACUCCACUGACUCCAACCCACUUCCUGCUGAGCCACCCGCCACCCCACAGACCACAGGGACUCUGACCUCUGGCCCGUGUUCCCACAGUUGGCUUGAAGGCCUGCCCGUCCUGUCCAAGAAGCUGUCCUGGGCAAACCUAGGUUCUUUUUUCAAUCUCAUAAUGGAAACAGUGGCUCCCACGUGUAGAG